UCCGAGUUCAGUUUCGCGGCUGCUCUGCCCGCGAUCACACGCGGCCGCCGUACCGCCUUAUUGUCGGUGUUUAGUUGUGCCACACAUUCUCUAAUAACAGUAGUUACCUCAAAUACACCACCAUGGAUCCCGAAGCCUUCUUAGACCUGGCCAACCAGGUCAUAAAGCUAAAAAUGUUCCCGUAUUUUGACAUAGCGCAUUCAUUAUUAUGUGCACUUUCCGUCAGAGAGGAUUUGGGUGCUGGCGCACAGGCGUUCUCGCGCAAGCACCCGCUGGCGUGUUGGCUAUCCACCAUGCUGGUUAUCUUCGCGGGUGGCAUGGUCGUCAACGGUCUCCUUGGCGAGCCCAUCCUAGCGCCAUUGAAGAACACGCCACAGCUCGUCAUCGGCACGGUCACUUGGUACAUCGUAUUCUACACACCAUUUGACGUCGGCUACAAAGUGGCCAAGUUCCUGCCUGUAAAGAUUGUCGCCUCAGUCAUGAAAGAGAUCUACCGUGCCAAGAAAGUGUACGAUGGAGUCAGCCACGCCGGAAAACUGUAUCCUAACGCUUACAUCAUUAUGAUCAUUAUUGGUACCCUGAAAGGCAAUGGUGCAGGCUUCACCAAGCUAGUGGAGAGGCUGAUCCGCGGAGCCUGGACCCCGACUGCUAUGGAAACCAUGCAGCCGAGCUUCUACACAAAGGCCUCGCUUGUGGCGUCGGUGAUCUUCGUACUGGACAAAAAGACCGAUCUCAUCUCCGCGCCGCACGCGCUCGUCUACUUCGGCAUCGUCAUAUUCUUCGUCUACUUCAAGCUAUCCUCAAUCCUGCUGGGCAUCCACGAUCCGUUCGUUCCGUUCGAGAACCUGUUCAGCGCUCUGUUCCUUGGUGGCAUCUGGGACUCCCUGGCCAAGCUGCUUGGCAAGGGCCAGCCUAAGGAGGAAAGCAAGGACGUUAAGAAGACUAACUGAUGCGACCCGUCACAAGAUACUACGCUACUUUAUCAACUGACACCGACAAUUUAAUAUAACGGUCGCAAAGAUACUUUAGAGUAUCAAAACAAAAAACAGAAAAUCAUAAAAAAAAUAGAAAAAACCUUUAAAUCCUAAAAAAAUGGCACAACGACCAAAGUUUUUUUUUAAUUUGUUUUGCUGUUUCACUAGUCAUUUAAGUUUAAUUUAAAUACCUACAAGUAUGUAAGUAAAUAGUAUUGUUUGGAAGUAUUCCUGUUUUCUAAGAAUUGCCAAAAAUAGAUUACAUAAAUUAUACUUAUAUUGUGCUGUGACUCAUGGAUGACCGAAAGGCACCUAAAGUAUGUGACGUAUUUAAGCAACAAAAUUGCCUUAUAAAAAGUUGCAUAUUUUUGCAACGGAGCCUUAAUAAGAUACAAAUUGACAAUAAGUUGCUUUUUGCUUGGAACCGCAACAUAUGUUUUUUUUGACAAAUACCCUACCGCCAUCCCUGACAUAUUAUUUUAAUUAUCAUUAUCAUAAGCACGAAUGCAAGCCUUGACGGCCGAGCAUUCGCGAGUUCCACACAAAAGUGAAAAAAAUGUAUGUUUGCGUAUACAUAAGACAUUUAAUACUUACAUUGCUAGUUUAGAAAAAUACAAAGUGGAAUUGGAAGUACAAACAUUUAAUAUAAUACUACUUACCUACUGAAAAUCAUUCUAGCAAUGUAAGCGAAAUGAUCUAAUGACUAUAUUUUAUUUAUGUUAAGUAUGCGUGUGAAAAAAAAAAAGAUCGAGCAUUGUUAUUAUUAUUUUAAACUGUAUUAUUAUUAUUAUUUUAGUUUAGAAUCGAACGAAACAGAGACCGACUUCCUUUUCAACAAAAUUUUAAAUAAUUAUAAAUGACACAAAAUGAGCAGUAUUGAUAUUUAUAUUAAAUAGUUUUAUUAUUGAUAAAUAAUAGUUAUUUGUAACAUGAAACGCCUGAUCGAAUCGCAGGGUGCAAAGCGAUAAGAAACAUGCGUUUCGUGAGAAUUGACAUAAUUUAAUAACAUUUGUUAUGAUAUAAAAAUAUGAAAGGAAGUAUUAAAUUGUUUUAUUAAU